CAGACGAAGCGCCGGGGAUGGGCUCCGGCGGCCGCCCGCGCGCGGUCCGUUUCGACGCGGCCGCCGAGUUUUUGGCCUGCUGCGCCGGCGCCGAGCUGGAAGCGGCGCGGGAAAUGCUCGGAGCCGACGCGGCGGCGGUGAACGGCACCAACGCGGACGGCAUCAGCGCUCUCCACCAGGCCUGCAUUGAUGAAAACAUGGAAGUGGUUGAAUUUCUGGUAGAAAAUGGAGCUGAUGUAAACCAGGCAGACAAUGAAGGUUGGACUCCGCUGCACGUUGCUGCCUCCUGUGGCUACAAUGAGAUUGCACAAUACCUCUUGGACCACGGCGCCAACAUUGCUGCGGUGAAUAGUGACGGGGACGUCCCACUGGACAUUGCUGAGGCUGACAGCAUGGAAGCCUUGCUGCGAGCAGAAAUCGAGAAACGAGGGGUAGAUGUAGAGGUAGCCAAGCGAGAGGAAGAAGAGAUGAUGCUUCGUGAUGCUCGCCAUUGGCUGAAUGACGGCAAAAUAUCUGAUGAACCUCACCCCAAAACUGGGGCCACUGCCCUCCAUGUGGCGGCUGCUAAAGGCUACGUCGAGGUCAUGAGGCUGCUCUUGCAAGCUGGCUAUGACACCAAUGUGCAGGACAAAGAUGGCUGGGCGCCCCUACAUGCAGCAGCUCACUGGGGAGUGGAGGAGGCCUGCCGGCUUUUGGCUGAGCACUUCUGUGACAUGGAGGCCCUCAACAAUGUGGGCCAGCGUCCUUGCGAUCUUGCAGAUGAAGAUACUUUGGCGCUGCUGGAGGACCUGCAGCAUAAACAAGACGAUUUGCGCAGCAAAAAGGAAGCCCAUCGGCAGGCUGUGAUUGACACGAGCUUGGAACAGGCCCCCUCGUAUACAAGCAAGCAUCGAAGGAGCUCCGUGUGCCGCAUGAGCAGCAAAGAGAAGAUCUCCGUCCAAGACCAGUCAAAGGAGCGGAAGACCUUGGGUACCAUUGCUGUUGGCGAAGAGGAGACCAGCUCGGCUUCGGAGGGGGAUGAAACACCGGAGUCCAAUGAAGUGAAGGCUGUUCCCCCAGCAGACAGUGGUGCAGUGAAUGGAGUGUCUGUGACUCCUAUUAAGCCUCUCUCCCCGUCUCCUCUUGGGCCAAAGUUCAUUGGAGGUCCCAGCCGCACCACGGAGCCAAGUAGCUUGCCAGCCCCAGCCACCUGGAGGCAGAGCCUGCGCAAGACCAGCAGCUUCGGUGUAUUGCAGGAUGCCAAGCUGGAUGAAGGGGCGUCCAAGGGGGGCAGCGGCAUCAAGCGCUCGGCAUCCAGUCCUCGGCUUGAUACAGAAGAAAAGCAAGACAUCCAAGAGCUCUUGAAGAAGUGGAGCAAGAAUCCCAUUGGCCCAUGGUUAGCCAAUAGGAACACAGCUUCUGAGCCAGCUGGUGACCCGAACAAAGAGCCACGCCUGGCACGAGUAAUCCCAACUCCCACUCGCCGGAUCUUUGCCCUCCCAGACACAGAACCCCACCGAGAUCCCCGGCGCACGUCAUACCAGAUGCCAGUGAGAGACGAAGAGUCUGAAUCCCAAAGAAAGGCCCGUUCUAGGCUCAUGAGACAAUCCAGGCGUUCCACACAGGGAGUAACCCUUACGGACCUAAAGGAGGCUGAGAAGACCAUGGUCUGGACCAGUGAUUCCAAAACUCCUUCAGAGCAGAGGAACAAGGAGGAUGAAAAGCGGGACAAAGAUGGGGAACAGCAAUCUCAGGAGACCACGGACUCCGCUAGGCGAUUCCGGCUCCUCAGUUCAGACAGUUCUUCAGUUUCUACUGUGAAUCCGUUAGUGGUGAAUUCGCAGCUCCAAAAAGGAACAGAAGUUGAUAAGGCUGGCUCUGAGUUGGAUACAGACCUUCGGAACAGGCUGGCUAUUCGAGACCGCAGGAAAGGCCGGCGAGAGAGGCGCAUCACUGGUCUGGGAGGAAACUCAGAGGGGGAAGAAGAUGAAGACACUGAACAACCCCUCAAUGAAGACCCAUCCAUGCAUAGCAGUGAUCACUUAAACAGCCUUCUGCCAAAUCGAACAGCACCUCCUGGCGGCCAGAGAGGGAACAGCACGCUGUCGGGCUGCAGAGAAGAACCAGACAACUAUUACAAGAAACUGUAUGAAGAUCUCUUGAUUGAGAAUGAAAAGCUGAAGGAACAGUUGCAGGAGGCGCAGCUCCAACUCACGCAGAUUAAGCUGGAGCUGGAAAGAGUGACCCAGAGACAGGAGCGUUUUGCUGAACGGCCGGCUCUCCUAGAACUAGAGAGAUUUGAGCGUCGAGCUUUGGAAAGGAAAGCUGCUGAGCUGGAGGAGGAACUGAAGGCUCUUUCAGAUUUGAAGGCCGACAACCAGCGUCUGAAAGACGAAAACGCCGCUCUUAUCCGUGUGAUCAGCAAGCUCUCCAAGUGACCACCGGCUGCUGUCACUGUCCCCCAUUCCCCGUCCCCCGGUUUCUCUGUGAAGAGCAGGGACCUUCCUCCGCACACCCCACCACCACGUGUACCGAGAUCCUGAUCAGGGACAGGAGAAAUAGAUGAGGAUAGGGGUGCUCACCUCCCACCCAUCACCCAGACACUCCAAAGGUGGGCUUUUUCCCAGGCUCGGCCAAAUAGGCACCACCAACUAUUGUUUUCCCCCCAGAGGUUUGUCUUGACGCCCCGCUUCUCCUUUCCCAGCCCUUCCCAGAGACAGUAUUUAUUUUGUGGCUUCCUUCAGUGAUGCUCUUUGCUUUGUUGCUUUUCCUCCAGGGAACAAGGGUCGUAGGGAUGAUAGGGAACAGUCUUUCUGGGGACCCAUAGGAGUGGGGGUGGCCACCAUUCUUGCUGUGGGGAAAUGUGAUUAACAGGCCUUCUUGACAACUAGGUCGUUAGCGUGUCCCUUACGGUUAAACUUGGCAGCCCCAAGAGCAAGGUUACCCAGUAGCGGCCACGCCAUUGGUUGGAAGAAAUAUUUCAGAUCCCCAGCGUUCUUCCAUCACCACCAUCCUGGCUAGCCAUCCUGGUAGGCAUUAAGGGAUUGGGUGGAAGGUGUCAUCUGGUCUUUGCAAGCUAAAAGAAGUGAGCAGUUGGAUUGUAGCAGUCUCAGCCAGCCCAGAGCCAUGAGAGAUCUCUUGGCCAUUCAUCAGCGGUGGCUGGAAAGUUGUGCCUGAUUAACUUGUGAGGAUGACAAUGAGUAUCAGUGGUUGAGUGUGAGAAGCAGCAACGCUGAGGAGGUUCUGCUCCUUUCUCUUUGCAUCUUAACACUCAGGUGCAAAUAUUGGGUUGUCCCCUCUCUGGUCUUUGAAUGUCUAUAAAAGUCAGGUAGAUUUUUCAGAAUUUGUACCUGGGCUUUCUUGCCUAACUCAGGCCAAAGGAAACCUGCCUCUUCUUUCCUUCCUUCUUUCCUUCCGCCAUUUGGACCGUAGCCUUCUGCCAACACCCAGCCUGGUGAUGAGGCUGGCACUAUCACCGUGAGGUUUAAAGCCAAUAAGAGAGGCCAUAGCCAAAAACCACACUUGACACGGUGACAUGAAUUGCCAGCCUUCACUCCUGUUCCUCCGGCAGCUGUGCCUCCUUGACCUUUCAUUUUCUAGCUCCCUGGGCACCAUUUGUCACCCAGAAGAAAUCUGGAGUUCCAGCUUAGUGGCUGUCCCAUAUUUUGCUUCCUUGCACGCAUGCAAUCCAAUACUUUCAAUGUUAAAACUGAGGGCUAGAAGUACUUCAAAGUGAAACUGAGGGCUAGAAGUAAUUCCAAGAGAAAAACGGGUCCAAAGUACUCCCCCGAAAAUCCUGUUUGUGUCUAUGUGUGUGUUUUUCCUGCGCUAUCAUGAGCCAAGAUUCCUUUGCCAAAAUAAAUAAUCCCUUCCUUUUCUGCCAUGCCCCCCUCCUCCAAUUCCCCACUUUUUUUCCCCUCCAUUUAUCCUGGUCCGGGGACUCCCCCACCUCACUCCAUAAAUACCUGUACAUAACAGAAGUAUUUUCUAUAUGGCUGCAUUGCCAACAAAUACCAGAAGAAAAAUGCAGAGAAACUUAAAUGUGCAAUAUCGCAUGAGUAUUUUUUUUUCCAAAGAAGUCUCUAUAUUGUACUUGUUUAUUUAGCAGCACAGCUGCCAUUGUUUUAAAGAACAGGGAAUUUAAAUUUACCGUGUUUGAAUAUAAUAAAAUAAAAUAAAAUUGGUAUUU